CGCCUAGCCCACAUAGCCACGCCAAGUCCAACACAUGAAAGUAUGGAAUAGGUAGUUCUAAGAAGAGGUAGAUCUGGCUUGGCAUGGCUGGAGAGCAGAGUGGCCGUGGGACACGGGGCUGGAGAAGCAGGCUGGAGCUGGACUUGGAAGAAUCUUGGAUGCUACGCCAAGAGUUUAGUCUUUAUCCUGAGAGUGGUGUGAGGCCACGGAAGAAUCUGAAGCAGAGGAGAAGUAAUGAUGGGAAUUGCAGUUUAGAGGGGUCUCUGUGGCUGCAACGGGAAUGCCAGGAGGCAGCGGGGCAGAGCGGGAUGCAGAGAGGCCCUACCGGGAUUCAGAGAGGAAGAUGUGGGCUUGUGUGUGGGUGCCGGUCGCCUGCACUGGCCAACCAUAGGCACUCAAAAGAGGCUGACUUACAAGAAUCAGCUCCUGAUAGAGUCCAGCUAGUCUCGAGGCCAACUUCCACUUUCCUCUGGAUGUUUUCACUUUUGGGGCAUCUUGUUCUGAGUCAAGAUUCCUUCUUCUGAACACGGGACUUUCCAAAAGGACCACAGCUCCUUCCGUGCAUCCACUCGACUUGGGAUGUGUUGGAUUUUGGUUGUCGAGGGAGCUCGCCUGCCUCUCUGGAGUAUGGCCGUGUGGUCCCUGUGGAGUCUACUUCUCUGCGAAGCACUAUUUCCCGUCGUUGUCACCAGUGUCCAAGUGCAGGGCCAGGUGGGGGGCUCAGCCCUGCUGGUGGCAGAACGCCCUCCUGGCUUCCAAGUCCGUGAGGCCAUCUGGAGAUGUCUCUGGCCUUCAGAGGAGCUCCUGGCCACGUUUUUCCGGGACUCCCUGGAGACUCUUUACCACUCCCGCUUCCUGGGCCGAACCCAGCUGCACAGCAACCUCAGCCUGGAGCUCCGGCCGCUGGAGUCUGGAGACAGUGGCAACUUCUCAGUGCUAUUGGUGGACAAGGAAGGUCGGGCCUGGACACAGACUCUGCAGCUCAAGGUGUAUGAUGCAGUGCCCAGGCCCGUGGUGCAAGUGUUCAUUGCCAUAUCAGGGGAUGCUCAGCCCCUCAAGACCUGUCAAGUGUUCCUGUCCUGUUGGGCCCCCAACAUCAGCGACAUAACUUAUAGCUGGCGACGCGAGGGGACUCUUGACCUUGGUGUCGAGCCAGGUGACCUUUUCAUGGAUAGACAGCUGCUGAGCGUCUCACUAGGACCAGGAGACAAAGGCGUGGCCUAUUCCUGCAUCGUCUCAAACCCUGUCAGCUGGGACUUGGCCACAGUCACCCCCUGGGAGAGCUGCCAUCAGGAGGCAGCCCCAGGGAAGGCCUCCUACAAAGACGCACUGCUGGUGGUGGUGCCUGUCUUGCUGCUCCUGAUCCUGGCUGGUCUCUCUGCCUGGCGCUGGGGCCCCUGCUCAGGGAAGAAGAAAGAUGCCUGUGCUGACGAAGUGGCUCCAGAGACAGAGAAUCCUCUUGUGUAGGGUGGGCCUUGAGGGAAGAGAGAAACGAAGCCUGGAUGGUCCUGGCUCUGCUCUGGGCAACAUGGGCCUAGAAGGACAUCCCCUCAAGGAUGCUGGAAGUUCUCCAGGAUCCCAGAUUGAUUACCCAGGGUGCUCACUCCCCACCCACUGUUCACAAAGUAUUGUUAUGGACUGAAUUUGUCCCCUUUAAACUCCUAUGAUGAA